UACCCGAGAUCUUCCUCCCGGACGGCAAGGAUGUGAGGCUGGCGCGCCGGCCAGCUCUCGCAGCACCGCAGGGGGCGCGCAGCUGGACACCACCCCGGGAGCCCACACAGGAGGUAGCGGCCGAGCCCACCAUGCGCGCGCGCCGCCCCCGGAGCCCCGCGCUGCCCCGGCCGAGCCCGAGUCCCCGGCGUCCGGCGGGAGCGAAGAUGCAGUGAUCGGGGGCGCGGGGCCCGCCGCGGCCAGCCCGACCCGCCUCCGGCCGCACUCGGCGGGGCCAGCAGCCGCCUCCGGGACCUGCCUCGCCGGGGGUGCUUCUCUUGUUCGCAGCCCCGCGGGAGCCGGGGAGAGCACUGGCCGCUGGGCACGCUCGCUGCUGAGUUGCCGCGGUUUGGAGCAAGCUCGGGCCCAGAGAACUGUAUGCGUGUGUGAGUGUGAGUGUGUGUGAGUGUGUAUGUGUGUGUGAGUGUGUGUGUGUGUUAGAGCGAGGAGGGGGGGCAGGAGUUCCUGCUUAUGCGCGCAUCAUCCCGGUCGCUUUUUCCGGGGGCUUCUAUUUAUUUGGCACGCGCGCAUCUCUCUCGAGCGCCCGCCGCGCACCCCCCUCCCCCCAAGAGUCUUUCUGCACCGUCCUCGUCCCGUCUUGAUCUCAGUUUUUGCGUGCCCGAGACUCUGCUCUCGAGAGUCCUUGCCCAGGCUGGGGUGAAUCUGUGAGCGCCCCGCAACCCGGCGCCUUCGCUGCUGAAUAUUUAAUUUUUUUCCUUUUGAAAAAUACCCCCAAAUCCACCGCUACCCCCCUGCGGGGUUCCGGAGCACCGGACUUCCCACCCCUCCACCCCCACGUCGCCUCCGACUGGGCCACUCCCAGCAGAGUUUUAUUUUUCGGUCUUGCCCGGGCCGAGCCCGGCCGGGGCGGGAGGCUCAGCGGGGCUCGCACCCCCGCGCCCCGCCGCCACCUCCGCCGCCCAGUUGCGCGGGGGGCGCCCUCCGGAGAUGCUGCCGUGGAAGAAGCACAAGUUCGAGCUGCUGGCCGAGGCGCCACCGCGCCAGGCGUCCAAGCCCAAGGGCUACGCCGUGAGCCUGCACUACUCGGCGCUCAGCUCGCUGGCGCGGGCGUGCCCCGAAGGCGCGCUCAGCCGGGUGGGCAGCAUGUUCCGCUCCAAGCGCAAGAAGCUGCACAUCACCAGCGAGGACCCUACGUACACCGUGCUCUACCUGGGCAACGCCACCACCAUCCAGGCGCGCGGCGACGGCUGCACCGACCUCGCGGUGGGCAAGAUCUGGAGCAAGAGCGAGGCGGGCCGGCAGGGCACCAAGAUGAAGCUGACCGUGAGUGCGCAGGGCAUCCGCAUGGUGCACGCCGAGGAGCGCGCGCUGCGCCGCCCGGGCCACCUCUACUUGCUGCACCGCGUUACCUACUGCGUGGCGGACGCGCGGUUACCCAAGGUCUUCGCCUGGGUGUACCGGCACGAGCUGAAGCACAAGGCGGUCAUGCUGCGCUGCCACGCGGUGCUGGUGUCCAAGCCCGAGAAGGCGCAGGCCAUGGCCCUGCUGCUCUACCAGACGUCGGCCAACGCACUGGCGGAAUUUAAACGGCUCAAGCGGCGGGACGACGCGCGUCACCAGCAGCAGGAGCUGGUGGGCGCGCACACCAUCCCGUUGGUGCCGCUGCGCAAGCUGCUCCUGCACGGCCCCUGCUGCUACAAGCCGCCGGUGGAGCGCAGCCGCAGCGCCCCCAAGCUGGGCUCCAUCACCGAGGACCUGCUGGGCGAACAGCAGGAGCAGGCGCUGCAGGAGGAAGAGGAAGAGGAGCACAUCGAGGACUGCCUGGAGGAGGAGGAGGAGGAGGAUGAGGAGUUGGGAGAGGAGCGCGAGGAGGAGAGCCGUGCUGGGGAGGGCGAGCCCGCCGAAGAGACGGAGGAGCAGCGGGCAAUGGUGGUGGCCAUGCACUUCGAAUGCGGGGACUUGCUGGACACGCUGGAGAGUGGCCAUGAGGAGGCGCUGGAGGGCAGCGGGGUCGCGCCGGGUCCCGGGGCCGGGCCCCCGCCGCGGCUGCUAGGCAGCGCCCCCGACGUGAAGGCCGAGCUGGCGCAGCUGAUUAGCGACCUGGGCGAGCUCAGCUUCGGCAACGACGUGCGCAGCCUGCAGGCCGACCUGCGGGUGACGCGCCUGCUGUCCGGCGAGAGCACGGGCAGCGAGAGCUCCAUCGAAGGCGGGGGCCCCGACGCCACCUCGCCCCCCGCCGCCGCCGCCGCCACCACCGGUGCCAGCCUGGCCGAGCCGCCCUCGGGCUGAGCGCGCAGCACCUUCCAGCGCGCGCGCGCGCCCCCGCGGCGUCCCACUGUGACUCCCCGUGGUCAUCUCCACCCCCUCCCAGCUCCCCCUGGAAAGGGGAAACCGGACACUGUCGCCUCCGCCCCUCCCCCUGGCACUUUGGGCGUUGUUUCCAGCGGGGCUCCGGUGGCGGGGAGAUGGGGGCGGCGCAGAGGCGCAGGGGAACCCCCUGCAAGGCCCAGGCAGGCGGCGAGGGGAGGGCCAGCGGCUGACGUUGGCUAUUCCUGCAGACCCGAGGUGCCAUCCGGCCAGUUUCCUGUUUGUGGGGCCUCUGGGGCUCGAGGAGGAGGGACUAGCUCCUCACCCCCCCCUCAACUGGGAGGGCCUCACACUGUCAUAAACGCGUCAAAAAAAAAAUGUACUUCGUUCAAGGGUUUGAGGCCCUCAUGCCACCUCCUUGCCCCCCCCACCCCAGCUUUUUUGGUGCAAGGACUUGGGUUGUUUACCUCACAGUGGGACCCGUGACAUUCUGCCAAAUUCCUCAAAUAACUGUGGUGGGGGAAUGAAGGAAAAGGUUGCGUUUUGUUUACAGUACCAGACACUCAGUAGCUUCUUCACGGAGGAGGUGUCCGCGGGGAACACACACCUUCCUCCUGCCCCCCACCCCGAGAUCUCACUCCAUGAUACUGUGUAAAAUAUUUUUGCAUCGUUGUGAAGUAUUUUUGACAUCCUGUUGUUUGUUUGUUUGUACAUAACUGUGUUCUCAGCUGAAUGUUUAUAUCUUUUGCUGUGCAAAAGGGACCUGUAAGAUGUUGUUCAGUUGUAUAUAAAGAAAUGUGUAUAAAACAUUUUGUUAUUUUUUAAGAGAAGCACCGCUCUGGUUCUGUUUGCACGCCAGCCGGGGAGAGAAUAAAGAGGACAGUUGAACGAACA